CGCUUCCUCCGCAGCAGUCCAGCACCCAGACUGAAGGGGGCACUCUAGAGUCGAACAGACCAGCAGAGCAGGAGUUUCACCAGAAAGGGUUCAAUGAGCUUCUUAAGAUCAGAUUUAUGACAGUACAGUUAAUUACAGUUUAUGUUAUUCUCGGUUCGACAUGCAUGUGCAAAGAAUACUUUUCAACUCCCGUCCCGGUAACAAUGGAGCUCCUGUUCCCGAGAACUUCCGACUGGAGGACACGAGUCUGCAGCCUGACCUGAACGAAGGAGAGGUCCUCGUCCGGACGCUCUACCUGUCGGUGGACCCCUACAUGAGAUGUCGUAUGAACGAGGACACCGGCGCCGGGUACCUAACCCCGUGGAGGCUGUCGGAGGUGGCGGACGGCGGGGGGGUCGGGCGGGUCGAGGCUAGCCGCUGGGACGGACUGGCCCCGGGGGACGUGGUCACCUGCUUCAACUGGCCCUGGGCCACGCACGGCGUGCUCAAGGGGAGCGCCCUGCAGAAGAUGGACCCCCAGCUGGUGGACGGCCACCUGUCCCACCUGCUGGGUGCGGUGGGAUUGACGGGCCUCACCGCCUUACUGGGAAUCCGGGAGAAGGGUCAUGUGACCCAGGGGGCCAACCAGACCCUGGUGGUCAGCGGGGCGGCUGGCGCCUGUGGAUCCAUCGCUGGACAGGUGGGCCGUCUGGACGGCUGCUCCCGGGUACUGGGGGUCUGUGGCUCGCGGGAGAAGUGCGCCGCCCUGGUGGACGAGCUGGGCUUCACGGCCGCCAUUAACUAUCGCCGUGACGACGUGGACGCCCGCCUGAAGGAGUGCUGCCCCGACGGCGUCGACGUCUACUUCGACAACGUGGGCGGAGCCAUCAGUGACGCGGUCAUAUCGCAGAUGAACAGUGGGGGCCAUGUGGUCCUGUGCGGCCAGAUCUCCCAGUACAACAAGGACGUGCCGUACCCCCCCCCCCUGGACCCCCGCACCCAGGAGACCCUCCUCCGCCAGGGCAUCACGCGCGAGCGCUUCACCGUGCUGAGCUACAUGGACCAGAUGGACGCAGCGCUGCUGCAGCUCAGCACAUGGGUCCGGUCGGGCCAGCUCAAGGUUCGGGAGACGGUGGUGGACGGCUUAGAGAACAUGGGAGUGGCAUUCUGCUCCAUGAUGGAAGGCGGGAACAUCGGCAAACAAAUCAUAAAGGUAUCGGAUUGAAGGAAAUCGAUGUAGCCACAGCAACCAACCAUUCUCAUGAAAGGUUUUGAUGAAAAUGGCUCCACCUCUCGUGGCCUUGAUAUAGAUUUGUACACAUGUACCACUGAUCUAAAAAUGUGAGAUUAACUUGAACCCUCAUCUUAAAAUGAAAUCACACAGCUGUAAUCAUUGUUUUGAAUUCAGUUUCAGUUCUUUGUAAGAGAAAUGAAGGACAAUAACUUGAGCUACAAUAUCUGAAGUCUAUUUUAGUUUUAGUGUUGUAGACGGGGCAAAGUCCAGUGAGCCUCUCUCACUUGUAGAGUUACAAGGAUGUGAGUUGUUUCCUGUUCUGUGUAACCUAGUAAUGUAUUUAACAAUGUCAUUGUGAUACACACCUGUCAAGUCCAUUGUCAUUAUCCAAGAAGAACACAUCCACACUGUUUCCCGUCAUGAACAGUUUAUUUCACAGCACUAUAAACCAUUUACAAAAUAAAAACUUGAUUUCAAUUCA